AUGCCAGAGGCCGGGAACUCCUGCCAGGACCUCACGCGAUGGAAGAAGAAGAAGCCGCCGGUCCGCCGCACGGUCAGCCAGAUCUGCCCACCCCCGCGGCGGCCCCUGACCGUGGCCGACAUCCGGCCGGGCAUGGAGAACGAGAGGCUGGGGGUUGUGCGGGAUUCCAUGUUUCAGAACCCGCUCAUCGUCAAGGCUGAGCUCGGGAAGCCCCGGGAAAGAAGCUGCAGUCUGCCCGGAAUUAAUUUCAAUUACGGACUCUACAUCCGGGGGCUGGAUGGAGGGGUCCCUGAAGCCAUUGGACACUGGAACGUGUAUAAACAGCAGCCGACCUGCCCCCACGAGCUGACCCGGGAUUAUAUCGCCAUGAACCGAGGGGCAGUGAAGGCUGGCCUGGUCACCGCCCGGGAGAAUUUGCACUACCGUCAGCUCAACGAUAUCCGCAUCAGUGACCAGGAUGACAGGCGCCUCAAGAAGGAACCGCCCUCCCUCCCUCCAAAUAUGACCUUCGGGAUCCGAGCACGGCCUUCCACCCCCUUCUUUGAUCUGCUGCAGCAUCGGUACCAGCAGCUGUGGGUGCAGGAACAGAAGGCCACCCAGAAAGCCAUUAAACUGGAGAAAAAGCAAAAGGUGAUCCUCGGGAAGCUCUACGAGACCCGGAGCAGCCAGCUGAGGAAGUACAAGCCGCCUGUGGGACUGGACGCCCUCUGGCACAUGCCUCACUUCCAGAAGGUGGGGCCCCAUCUCGCGACCUUCCCCACCGAGGCCGAUCGCCAGAGAGCCUUCAAAGCCCACCGGGAAGAGUGCGCCGUACGCCAGGGGACCCUGAGGAUGGGCAACUACACCCACCCCUAA